GGUAUUUAAACCGAGCCCAGGUUACAAAGAGACAGAGAACAGAUUUGCACCAGCAGCAAGGAUGAAGUGCAUUGUGGUUCUGCUCGCAUUUGCAGCUGUUGGGUGGGCGCAGUUGUGCAACCCCCAGAUAGGAGGACAAAAUUUGGCAAGAUCAGGAGGAGUCAAGCAAAGCUCCACCUACGCUCCUCAGUACACUGUUGAUAAAGCGAUUGAUGGCAUAAAAAACACAAAUACCUUUGUACAAGCAUGCGCCAUUACUGGAUAUGACAAAAACGCUUGGUGGCAGGUGGACCUGAAGAAUUCCUACAAAGUUGGUUCUGUGGUCAUAGUGAACAGAGGAGACUGUUGUGCCGAUCGUCUGAAAGGAGCCCAGAUCCGUGUUGGAAAUUCAGCAGAUAAUAACAACCCAGUAUGCGCCACCGUCACUGAUGUCUCUCAACUCACCAUCAAUAUGUGCUGUAAGGGGAUGGUGGGUCAGUAUGUGAGUGUGGUCAUUCCUGGCCGCAAUGAAUAUCUCCAGCUCUGUGAAGUUGAGGUUUAUGGGGAGGAAAAUAAACCUGAAGAAAAACCUGAAGAAAAACAACUUUGUUGGUAAAACCAUGUUACAUUCAGUCAGUGGCCUCAGCAGGUGAAGGCAAAUCAAGCAAAUCAAGCAGCAGAUCUCCCAUCAUUGUCAGUGGUUGCUACACUAGAACUUUCAAAACGUUCUUGGGGAAUACAAUGAGCAGCACUUCAACAAGAGUCCAGGCAAAGACCAACAUACCAUCUCUAAUGGAUACUGUAGAGCAGGGGUAGCCACAAGUUAUUGGAUCCUGAUCUAACAAUCGAUCUUAAGCUGAAGAUCAUGACAGCAAAUGUUGUCCACAAACAGGUUAAUUAGAUCCACAUUCUCACUGUUGAGAUUCUUUCAAUACUUUUUGGGUUUGUUCAUUUAACCUUAUCAAUAUGGGCUCAUUGAUCAUUUGAACGGGUUUAAGCGCUGAAACCAUAUGGGACAAAACAUUCCUUCGCUGAGGAACCAUCGGUGGAGUAUUUGUGCCUGUGGUUUUAGUGGUGGAAGCUGUGAGCCUCACCUUGGGCUUGAGCAACUCCAGCACCUUGUGGCCUCCAGUGUAUUCAAUUAGUUGUGCUCUGUUGUACAACUGCAAAGCAUUUCACAUCCGGGCUCAUAAAUGGAGGGUUUUGUGUUUGUUUUGUGUUGCCUGAGGCCACUGACAGAAUGUGCAACUGUUCUUCUCUUUCAUCCUCUCUCUCUUAAUUGGUUUGGUGCAAUUUUCUGUUUUUCGAGAAUGUUUUUUAUUUUAUACAAGCAGCCAAAAUCAAUAAAUGAAUAUGAUUGU